AUGGACCCAAAAACAAGGCUCCGCAAGGCCUGCGAUGCCUGCAGCAUCCGGAAAGUGAAGGUUCGUUCUGCACCUGUCAAACCCUGCCUCGUCCAGUUGCUGAUAUCCUUUUUCAAGUGUGAUACUGGGGGUCCACCAUGUCGGUCAUGUGCUACUUUGGAUAUUCCAUGCACAUAUGAAAGGCCGAGUAGGCGCCGCGGACCUCCUAACCGCCAUGCCGAGGCGCUGAAGAAGCAAAAGCUGGAGACGGUUGCGUCGCCGACAAGUCUAUCCGACUAUCCGCUAGCGAGCACGCCGCAGACUCAGCCUGCGUCUACACCGACGCCGGCGCCGGCGCCUCUUCCCACGCCUGUGUUAUCAGGGCCUGCAUCCUUGGCUUCUAUCUCAGCAGAAUCCAUCUGCUCUCUCCACACGGUGCAACUUCUCCUUGAUGAUUUCUUCACAUAUAUCCAUCCUUUAGUUCCAAUCCCUCAUGAGCCCACAUUCCGUGCGGCAUUUGAGCGCCGGGAAGAUGCUUCUAGUGGUACCUUUUUGGCUCUUCUAGCUUCCAUGAUCGGAUUCCUAGUCGCCUCCUUCCCCCGGCGGCCAAAAUUGCGCUUGAACACGGAGGCGGAACGUUCCGCCUUUCCAAAUUCGAUUGCGCUUGUGAAGCGAUGCCAUGACGUUGCUCUUCAAGCUAGAGGUGUUGGGUAUCUUGAUCGAAAUGCAACUGUUUACGAUGCAGCCAUCAGCUACUUCCUAGGUGUCUGUGCCGGUUACAUCUACAGCAUGCGCCGCUGUCGCAUUUACCUAGCGGAAUGCCGCACUAUGUUGCAGGUUUACGAUCUUUGCCGCGCCCCUACACCUGCUCCUACCAUGGCAGCCAUGAACGCUGCCAGCCCAAUGUCAACAAUGUCCGCAACCUCACAAGAUCAGCAACCACAAUAUCUUACGGAUAACAAACCCGUAGAUUUGAUCUCCCAGGAACUUGGGCGGCGACUUUUCUACGUUUCGCUAGUUGGGUAUCAAAGCCUGCUCCAACUUGGAUCAUCCGAUAUCAAGAUGCAUGUCCCACCAGAAACCCCAGCGGAUCGCUAUCCGCCAUACCCGCUUGAGGUUGAUGACGAGUUUCUAUUUCCAACCCAUAUCAACCCACAACCUGCCGAUCGUGUGUCAAUAAUGGUCGGGUUCAAUGCCAAUGUACGUGUCUACGGUUCAUACAAUUCCCUCUUGGCCUGGGAGACAGCAUUCGGCAGUGGUCAAAUAUUUGACUGGGAUCACCAACGCUCAUCAUUAUGGGGGUGUCUUCAAACCGUCAAGUCUGCUCUGCUCAAAGUUCCUGUCGAACUAUCACUCUUUCAUCCCAAAAGAGCCUCUGCUAGUGGUUUAGCCGGGCAUGACGGAGUCGGCUCGGUGUUCAAUUACCCAGUAGACCAUAUCUACCAAGAACGACGCGCUAUCCAGUAUGAAAUUCAGAAAGCGAAUAUUUAUGCUAGCCAGCUAUGCACCAGGUCAUGGCUGGUUGAAAAAUAUUGGAACCUGUUCGAGACAUACGCAAAGUAUGGCAAUUUAGCAAGACCUUCGAUUCCAAACCCUGCAAAGCCGCAUAUCAAUAUGAAGGACGAAGGGUCUGCAGAAACAGCAUCAGCUGAGAAGCCUGGAGCUUUGUCAGAUUCAGCUGCUCAGAUAUCAAUUGAAGCACAGGCAGAUCAUAUCGGCCAGAUGAUGGCUGAAGAGCGAAAGCUCGUCAUCAAAGAUCUCUUCGUGCUUCUACGAACUGUCAACGAAGUCAACAUGGAACCAAAUGGUGCCAGCAUUGUAAGUCAAUUCCAAUAUAGCUCCAAGUCUCCACUUUCAAGAAACUCACAACAAGAACAGACAGGAAAAAUCCGACAAAUAGCCUCCACUCUCCUCAACAUGCCCUACUAUCCCAAACCAACCACCCAAUACCCAAAUUCCUCCAUCAUAUCCGAAAACCCGCCAAUUGAACCAGCAAAAGGAAACCACCAACCCAAUCCAACCUCAACCGAUGUCCCAAUUCUCACACCCGCAGAAGCAGAAUCAUAUCUCCACGCCUUCAUCGACACCCUCAUCCGACUCGAGGGCUACUCAUCCGCAGCCACGGAUCCCGGCAGCGUGAUCGAAGGUGUGAGUCCACGCGCUAAUGGGCGGGCCAUGAGCUAUCUGAGUGAUUACGAGCGUGAUCAGGAAGAAUUGAGUCAGUGGGCGAGUCUGAAGGAGUAUCAGCAGAAAUUUGCCGAGGCUGGGGGUGUUUUGUCGGAACUAUAG